ACGCGUCGCACAAAAAUCAAGAAUCAAGUCUACGAAAUUAAUUGAGUGAAUCGCGAAUCAUAAUUGAGUGUGCUUUGAGGCGAACGCGGUGAGACGAACGGUGAAAGAAAUUCUACGCGCUUAAUUAAUUGCUUUUGGACGAGUCGGGUCAAAGGUUAUUUGUUUUAUAGUAAAAUUUGAGAGAGUAAUCAAACUUGAGCUCCCAACAAUGAACUUCAACGAAUUCGAGCGUGAUUGUCUGCAAGCGCACAACCAAUUUCGCGUCAAGCACGGCAGUCCACCAUUAACACUAGAUCGAGGGCUUUGCAAUUAUGCCAAGGAGUGGGCGGAGACUUUGGCUCGCCGCAAUAUUUUACAACAUCGUUCAAAUAACCGUUAUGGCGAAAAUAUCUACAUGUCAGUGGGUCGUCCAAAUUUACGCGGUCGUGAUGCAGUGAGCAGUUGGUACGCUGAGGUAGGUGAUUAUAAAUUUGGAUCCGGCGCUGCUUUCAGCCUACAAACAGGACAUUUUACACAAGUGGUAUGGAAGGGCAGCAAACGUCUGGGUGUGGGAAUGGCGAGAAGCGGUGAUCGUAUUUAUGUUGUCGCCAACUACGACCCACCAGGAAAUUAUAGCGGCGAAUAUUCCAAUAAUGUUUUGCCGGCAUUAAGCAAAUGUGGGCAUAAGAGAUUCAUGAGUAAAUUGCCUACACCAACACUGCAGCAACAACAAAACCAACAGUACCACAUACCAGCGGUUGAAGAAAUGGCUACGGUAAAGCGUACCGUCAUCAUUAAGAAGGUUUCCGUGAGCGGCGCGCCAAACCAACCGCCGCCGAAACCCAUUACAAUAUCGCAAGCCGAUUUCGAGAAGGCUUGCUUGGAGGCGCACAAUAAAUUUCGAGCCAUGCACGGCACACCACCGCUCAGCAUUAAUCCAAACCUCACGCAGGUCGCCGCCAAAUGGGCGCAGAACCUAGCAAAACGGCAGAAGAUGGAGCACAGCCCCAAUGGCAAGUACGGUGAGAAUAUCUAUUACAGCAGCGGCCAGCAGGUGACACCGGAUAUGCCCGCGAAGAUGUGGUAUGACGAGAUCGCCAAAUAUGAUUUCGCCAAGUCAGUGUUCAAUCCGUAUACCGGACACUUUACACAGCUGAUAUGGCGCGACACGAAGCAAGUGGGCGUGGCCUAUGCGACGUCUGGUGAAAAGGUUUGGGUUGUCGCCAAUUACGAUCCACCGGGUAAUGUAAAUGGUUUCUUCAAGGAUAAUGUGCCACCAAAAAAGUGAGGAGCAAACAGGAAACGAGCUUCGAGCAAUAUUUUAAGGCCACCGCUUUUUGGUAACCACUGAAAGGUGUAGAGAAAGGCUAACAGCUCUAGUUGCGCUCACAAUUGCCUAGUUGUUUCAAAACUGCUUUCGAAAUGGAAUGAGAAACUCGACAUAAAUAAUUUAUAUUAAGAGAGAGCAAUAAAAUGGUUUUGUAUAGGGUUGCCAUAUCAAAAUGGAACGGGUUAACUGAAAUAAAUUCAAAG